UGGUCUAAGACGGCAAAAACAAGUUGUUUUUUUACUAUAGUAUAUUGCUGCUCAUGUUGUUCUUGUCACGAACGUUCAAUUCGUCAUGAAUUCAAGCGAUGGGCCAUCCGAGCACAGCGAAUUUGCUGAGUUUGGAAGGGGUUUCAUCUUUUCUGUCCUAACCAUCGCAGCAGUUGUAGGGAACUCGCUGUCAAUACUGGCUUUGUUUGUUACGAAAAAAUGGCAUACUCGCUAUCUCAUCGUCAGUUUAGCAAUCACAGACCUUUCGCUGGGCGCACUCGUCAUGCCAUUUGCGACAAUUUCUGCCGUGAAACAACGUUGGAUUUUUAAUCACGUUUGGUGUGAUGCUCAGGCAAGCUUAGGUUUCCUGCUAUGCCAAGUUUCAGUCGCAACAAUUACGUGCAUCAGUUUGGAACGUUACGUUUUAUUCACAUACCCGAGCGUUCAUUUUCGAUGGGUGCAAACCACUUCGAAAGGAAUGCAGUGGCUGAUCAUUGCCACUUGGAUUUACGGUGGUUUGUGGACUUUUUCAGCCUGGCAAAUUCCUCAUUUCGCCUACCAGAGAGAGUUGUUAAAUUGUGCAGUAAGAUGGAAGCACGAUUAUUACUUUACCUUAAUCUGUGGCUUCAUAACCAGUUGUAUACCAAUCGCCGUGAUAUUGUUUUGCAAUUUUAAAGUCACGCUCAAAGUCUCGAAAAUGAUGAAGAAAAUUAGCAUCAAUAGAGAUCGUUCUGAAAGCGACACCAUGAAACGAAAUAUCACUCAAGUUAAAAUUUCUCGAAUGUUGCUGGCUGUUACAGCAGCGUUUUUGGUGUGCUGGGCCCCGUAUUCGAUUGGAGGAGUUUGCUACCUUUUACCGGAGUGCACUUGGCCUGAAGACUAUUAUAUCGCAAGCGUUUUCUUCUGUCUUUUCAACAGUGCGAUUAAUCCUAUUUUAUACGGUACAUUUGACCGAAGAUUUCGCAGAGCGCUAAGAUACGUGUUGUGGAAAGUGCUGAAACUCGUGAGGACUAGUACAAUGGCUCUUAGUGGAUUGACGGCUAUCAACAUGCGACCAGUGGCCGCCAGUGCAAGUGCCAAUGGUAAUGAAAUUCCACUACAGUGAAUGCAACAAUUCAUCGUGUGCGUGCCUCUUUUCAAUGCAAAUGACGCAGUUGUUUUUACGAGUCCAUCUGACAACUAAUGCAGUGAAUUCAAUCAAGUCAAGUGUAAGCAAUAAGAGACCGAGAGUUGGGCUGUUAGAGGUUCAAAACACGCGUAGCUGGGGCUUAUAACAAACGUAUAUACAGCUAAAAGAUGUCGUUUCAACAUUGUGACAACACAUGUUAUAUAAUGAUUGUUUCACCUCGUGGGAAUAUGUAAAUGUGGCUAAUUCAAUUUAAUGAAGUUGUCCUUCCAGAACAUCAAUUAUCACAAACAUCGAUUAUAAUUUAUAAAUCGGUGUACGUUUAGACUCCUAUCUUUGGGAAUUAAGUAUUGUUCAUAGGAUAUAUUGACAACAGAGAGUCUUAAGGUCUGUUUACACGAUCCAAUUUUUGUUGGAUCCAAUCCACUUUUAAUGGAUGCUUCAAGCAUCCAUCAAAAGUGGAUUGGAUCCAACAAAUCAUGCUUCGUAGUCUGUUGACUUUCAAUGUAUAUGAUUGUUGGUAACUUGGUAUGGGGCUGCGCGCAGGCUAUAAAUCAACUAAAACCAAUGCAGUACUGCUUUUUAACAACGGACGAUAUUCCAUACGUCAGAAGUGAAUUGGUUCAAACAAAAUUGGACCGUGUGAACAGACCUUUAGGGCAGCCUAAAGGCAAUUUAUUGACUUGAACUUGGCAUGAUAGCAGCCCAGGCAUAACCCAUCAUCCUUUUCGCGCUCAGAGUUCAAGCUUUCCAUUUUGGAAACAGACUACCUCACUAAACAAUUUUUUUUGCUGCGAUACUGUGACAGUACUGUGCCUAAUGUGGCUUACUUAUACAUUGUUUCCAUUUCAUAAUGUUAUUUGAUAAUAUUUAUCUGGUAUUUUCAUGUUAGUGAACAAGCAAUCUUGUAUGAGUUGUAUCUUUGCAAUUUGACUCAAAUAUGUUUGAAAAAUCUUGUGCAGUUUAGUCAUGGUGAAUA